CAUAGGAAACUGACUUGAAUCGGUGAUGCUCUUCGGAAGCAAGAGCGGAAGCCGAAGCCUUAUUCUGGGCAGUUACUGGUAAGAAGGUGGUAGGAGUAAACACGUCUGCUUUUCUUCCAGGUGAGCAGCCCCGAGGUGUCCACCAUGAUGGUCUUCAUUUUCUUCGCUGUGGGGCUGUGCUUGGGCAAUGAGUCCCCUUCCCAAACCACCGACUGCACGUAUUUAAGAGAGCGCUGCCUAAGUGAUGCUAACGGAUGCGAAGGCGCCUGGAGGAAAAUGGAGGAUGCCUGCCAUGUGCCAGGAGACCCCCGCCGGAUGAAGGAGCCAUUCAGCUGUAACCUGAGCAUCCAGUCCUUAGUGGAAAGCGACUUCCAAUUUAACGAUUGUCUCUGUUCUGAUGACCUCUAUUGUACUGUCAACAAACUGCUUGGGAAGAACCGCAUCAAUGAAUCAGAUAACGUGAAAGAGGAUAAUAAAUUCAAGGAGAAUCUAAUGACUCUUUCCUAUCAUGGAAAUGUUUCUCGAUGGUCCUGUUUGGAGGUGGCAGAGACCUGUGUAGGGGACAUGCUCUGUAAUGCACAGUUGGCCCUGUACCUGAAAGCUUGCUCAACAAAUGGAAAUCCGUGCAACGUGAAACACUGCCAGGCGGCCAUACGGUUCUUCUAUCAAAAUGCGCCUUUUAACAUUGCCCAGAUGUUGGCUCUGUGUGACUGUGCUCAGUCUGAUAUCCCUUGUCAGCAGUCCAGAGCAGCUCUUCACAGCAAGCCAUGUGCGGUGAGCAGAGUUCCAGCCCCGACCUGCCUCGAUGUAAUUCACAGCUGCCAAAAUGAGGAAUUAUGCAGGAGGCGCUAUGGACCAUUUCAGGCAAAGUGCUGGCCGCACGUGACUAGAAGAUGCCAUGAGGAUGAGGUCUGCAUCAGUACUUUAAGCAAGCAGGACCUCACUUGCUCCGGAAGUGAUGACUGCAAAGCAGCUUACAUUGGUACUCUUGGGACAGUCCUCCAAGUGCGGUGCACCUGUAGGACCACUACCCAAAGUGAAGAAUCUUUGUGCAAGAUUUUCCAGCAUAUGCUUCAUAGAAAAUCAUGUUUCAAUUAUCCAACUCUGUCUGAUGUCCAAGGAAUUGCGUUGCGUAAAAGUAAACGUGCGAAGGAAAUAACUCGCAGUGGCUUUCACUCCCCCUUCAAUGGAGAAGUCAUCUACGCUGUCAUGUGCAUGACCAUCACCUGCGGAAUCCUUCUCUUGGUUAUGUUCAAGAUGAGAACCUUCAGAAUAUCAAGUCAAACGAGAGAUCCUUCGCCAAUCCAAAUACCUGGAGGACUCAUGAUUCAUUCACUAAGAGUCACCGAUCAUUAACAAUCACUGUCUUUAAAGCAAGUCUGGGUAGCCAGUCAACGGAAUAUCCUACCCAUCAUCAAUAAAGAAAAUGUUAAGAUGGAUUUACUGAUCCUGGAGUCUGAAGUAUAAUAAUGUAAGGUAUAAUAGUAUGGCAUGACAUUAGAUUUAUUGUUUUCUUAAAAUAUUCAAGCCUAAUUAUACAGUGGUAUAUUUUAUGGCACUAGUACAGAAUUACAGAAUUACCCUUGAAGGCAAAAAGUAUUAUUCUAAGUUAUACUCUGUGUGAUUUGUUUCAUAAUAAAUGUGAAUCCACAUAAUACUAGUUAGGUGCAUCAUAAUAUGACGGUAUUAUAAUUAGCAGAGGUUUUCCUGGUCAGUUUCAUAAGUUCCUAUUACCUUAUCAAAAGGAAAAUGCUAAUAAAAAUAUUCAGUGCAUUUGUUAUUUGUAUAUCCAUUUCCAAAUCACUUACUAAAUCAUUCGCAUUGACUUUAAGUUUCUAAAUAUAUUUGAUUAGAUGAUUAGUCUUAAAAAUCAGAAGUGAUAUCUUCAGAUUUCUGUACUUUGAAGAUUG